UAAAUUAAUUUGAGCUCGUGCAAUUUUGGUUUCACAUUGUUUUUGUUUCACGCCUUUUUUUUUGUGAGCAGCGCGUGUGGCGCAUGCGUAGCAACAAUAAUAAUAAUAAUAAAACGACAAUCACAAUAACAACAGAAGCAGCAACAACAAUMGAAUUAAUAAAGUGACGAAAACUAAUUCAAUAUUGAAAAUCGACGACCCAAAUCGCCGUUGCUCCCCGCAGUAUUUACCUGACAUCAUCAUCAGCAUCAGCAUUAUCAUCAUGAUUACAAUCAGCAAGAACGUCGGCAUUUGCGGUUGACAUCUUUGCGGGCUUCAUUCAGAGGAAAAAAUUAAAGUAAUAAAAUAAAUAAAUAAACACAAAUAUAUAAUAGAGAAAAGAAACAACAAUAAUCUUAGGCUGAUGCCCUAAUUGGACCAGGGCGCUUUCGGAUUUGGGCGCCUGCCAUGUGCCCUCUAAUUGCCAAGCUGUUGAAACGCAUGGACAACGGCUAAGCGCCUGAAGGUCAGAGCCAGAAAAUAACACAACAGUAGAGAGUAUAAGAGACAGUGAGAAAAAGAGAGAGAGAGAGAGAGAGUGUGUGAGAGAGUGUGAGAGAUCAGUAAAGAGAGAACACAAAAUAUGAGACGAUAUUAUCUGAGCACGCUGAUCUGCCUGUGGUUCAGCUACGGCGGCAGCGAGCCGCUCUUUGGCGUGCACACGGACGAGCUGGAGGAUGGGGAGGGGCAGCUGGUGGUGCCGCGGCGCGUGCAUGCCGAUGGCGCCUUCAUGACGCAUACGCUCCACUACGCCCACGACCGGGACCACAGACGGCAGCGACGCAGCGUCGAGACAGAGCCGGAGCUGCAUAUCGAGCUGCCGCUGCGUGACGAGACGCUGCACCUGGAGCUGACAGCUCACAGCUACUUCCUGGCGCCGCAUCUGAUUGUGGAGCGACAUCGUCGGGAUCUGCGCUCACGUGCGCCGCCGCCAGCGCAGCAGCUCAACUGCCAUUUCCAUGGCAAGGUGCGCGGCGAGCCCUCGGCCAAUGUGGCCAUAUCCACGUGUUCCGGUCUGGUGGGUCACAUUAAGACGGCCAGCAAUGAGUAUUACAUAGAGCCCUCCAAGCAGCAUGCGGCACAUCCGCUCAAUGGUCAUCCGCAUGUGGUGUUCCAGCGGUCCUCGGUGAAGCCCAAGCACAAGCCGAAGACCGAUCAGCAGUGGCGUCGCCAUAAGCGCAGACGCAAGGAGCAGCGGCACAGGGGCCAAGCGCGCAAUCAGAGCCACAGCCACAGCCACAGCCACAGCCAGAGUCUGAACCACAGUCCGGUUAGCAAUUGUGGCACACGCGAGCCGAGGCGCCGCAUGGAGACGCGCCUCGAGUGGCAGGCGCGUGGCAAGUUCAAGAUACAAGGCGGUCGCAAGGUGCGACGCCAUCAUCAUCGUCAUCAGCACUAUCAUCAUCAUCAUCAUCAUCAGCAGCAGCAGCAUCAGCCGCAGCAGGAGGAGGUCCGUUAUCAUCCGCAUCAUGGGUACAAGCAUCCGCACACGAAAUUCAAAUAUGAGACCCAGCUGGAGGAGCAGACGCACGUGGAGCGCAGUCGUCGCUCGAUCAGCAGCCCGCGGCACGUGGAGACGCUGAUCGUGGCGGAUGCGACAAUGUCGGCAUUCCACAAGGAUGUCAUCGGCUAUCUGCUGACCAUCAUGAACAUGGUCUCCGCCCUCUACAAGGAUCCCAGCAUCGGCAAUGCGAUCGAGAUCGUUGUGGUGCGCAUCAUUGAGCUGCAGGAGAACGAUACGGAGCCGGAGCUGAAUCUCACCCAGAACGCGCAAAGGAAUCUCGAUCGCUUCUGCAGCUGGCAGCACAAGCUGAACACGCUCAACGAGAACGAUCCCCAUCACCACGAUGUGGCCAUACUGAUCACGCGCAAGAAUAUCUGUGGCAACAAUUGCAUGACCUUGGGCCUGGCCAAUGUGGGCGGCAUGUGCAAGCCGAAGCAGUCGUGCAGCGUGAAUGAGGACAACGGCAUCAUGCUCUCCCACACGAUCACGCAUGAACUGGGCCACAACUUUGGGAUGUUCCAUGACACGGCCAAGAUCGGCUGCCAUCCACGUGUGGGCUCCAUCGUGCACAUCAUGACGCCCACGUUUGGGGCGGAUACGCUGCAGGUUUGCUGGUCGAACUGCAGCCGGAAAUACAUAACCCACUUCCUGGACCAGGGACUGGGGGAGUGCCUGGAUGAUCCACCCACGCCCUUGGAUGUGUACAACUAUCCGGAGGUUCUACCGGGCGAGCGCUACAAUGCGAAGCGCCAGUGCCGCAUGCAGUUUAACCUGACCACCGAUAGCGAUGUGGGCGCCUGUUCCGCUCCGCACGAGUUCUGCUCGACGCUCUGGUGCCGCGUGAAUGGCGAAUGCGUGACCAACAUGCGUCCCACCGCACCGGGCACCGCCUGCGGCAAGAACAAAUGGUGUCAGAAUGGCAAGUGCGUACGCAUGGAGGAGCUGACGCCCAUCCACGGCGGCUGGGGCAACUGGAGCGAGUGGAGCGAAUGCUCGCGCAGCUGCGGCGGCGGAGUCUCCAUACAGCAGCGCGAAUGCGACUCCCCCCUACCGGCCAACGGCGGCGUCUUCUGCAUCGGCGAACGCAAACGCUACAAGAUCUGCCGCAAGAAGCCCUGUCCCGAGAACCAGCCCAGCUUCCGGGCCCAGCAGUGUGCGCGCUACGACAAUGUCAGCUACCAGGGCGCCACCUACAAGUGGCUGCCCUUCUUCGACAAGAACAACCCGUGUCGACUGUUGUGCAGCGAUGUGGAUGACACGAUCAUUGCCAACUGGGGCGAGACGGUGCUCGACGGUACGCCCUGUACGCUGGGCACAAACAACAUGUGCAUCGACGGCAUCUGCAAGAAAGUUGGUUGCGAUUGGAUCGUUGACUCGGACAUGCAGGACGAUCGUUGCGGUGUCUGUGGCGGUGCUGGUGAUCAAUGCAAGCCCAUAAAGGAGAUCUACAGUGAGGCCUUCAAUGUGAGCGACGGCGUCUACGAGCAGAUCGUCACCAUACCGGCUCGGGCCCGACACAUACUGAUCAAGGAGCUGGCCAAUGCGCCGCACUUCCUGGCCAUCGGGCGAGCGCAGGGCGAUAAGUUUUACUUGAACGGCGACAGCCUGAUCUCCAUGCCCGGCGAAUUCGAGAUCGCUGGAGCCGAGAGCCUCUACGAUCGGCAGGACGAGCAGGAGACCAUCAAAAUACCUCAGCCCAUACAGCAUGCCAUAGCGCUCUACGCUAUCGUGCGGGGCAAUGAGAGCAACACGGGCAUCUACUACGAGUUCACGCUGCCCGCCUUCAAUGUGACCAGCGGACGGCAGCAUCAGUGGCGUCUUAGCAACUGGACCGCCUGCUCGGCCAGCUGCGGCGGCGGCGUUCAGCAUCGAGAGCCCAUCUGCCUGGAGAAUGGCAAGUUGAUCGCCGACAAGCUGCCCUGCUGGACACACGCAAAGAACAAGCGACCCUCGAGGCAGACGCGAGCUUGCGCUGAGCAGCCUUGUCCGGCCCAUUGGUGGCCUGGUCCUUGGCAAUUCUGUCCGCUUACCUGCCGCCAGCCAGGCGCUCCCAUGCCUCAGCGUCGGCGCUCAGUUGUCUGCCUCGAUCAGCACGAUGUUGUUGUAGCGGAUGCUCAGUGCAGUCCGCUCACCCGGCCGCCCGAAACGGAGCCGUGCGAGUCAACGCUGCCCGAGUGCCGGCUCAAACUGUGAGGUGAGCUUCGGUAGCUGGAGUCGGAACUGGAAAUAGGACCGGAACCUGAACUGCAAGUGCAACAGGGACCAAAGGUAGAACUGGACACCGAUCUGG